AUGUUGGGCGACAGCCUCGGCUCAAGCUUUCGACCCGCCAAAUCUAACGAAAUCUCAACUCUACAAAGUUCAGGCAUUACAACGCUCCAGUACCACGCAAUCAUGUCUGUCCCGUAUCUCUUGAACGGCCAGGCUGGCAAUAUCCCUGCCUCGCAGAGGAUUCCUGUCAUUGCGAAACCGUUUGUGAGCGAGAAGGCGGAAAGAGCAUUGGAUCUGGUCGAGAGAUUUGUCGAGGAAGAAUGCAUACCUGCCGAGGCGAUUUUCUCGCAGCAGCUUGGCCAGGGGGCGUCCAAUCGGUUCAACGCACACCCACCAGUCAUUGAAGAUCUGAAACGCAAGGCCAAGGAAUUAGGAUUGUGGAACAUGUUCCUGCCCAAGAACCACUUCAAAGAAAGCGCGGGCUUCAGCAACUCGAGUACGGCUUGA